AGGUGAAAUCGGGUGACUCGGUGCUGGACCAGACAAACAUGCCUUAGAUGUGUUGCUGUGGGUGACGGUGACUGCUGAAAGAAAAGGCAGUCUGCGAAUGCAGAGAAGGCACUACAAACGUGUUUCCUGUAGGAGCAGAGAUUCCCAGAGCCAUAUUGUGUUGUGUGACUGGCUAAUCUAUGGAACUGGGUUGAAUGGAAGCCCAACCCCUCAAUUCGCCAAGCCCUCAACAGGAAGCAAACCCCUCAGAGGGAGAGCAGAUACGGUGGUCAAAUGAUUUAAGACGGAAAAGGAAGAAAAACCUAUGUUCUGCGAAGGGCAUGACAGAGAUGAGUCUAUCUGUUCCAGGGUACAUUCCCAGCUAUCUGGAGCAGGAUGAGCCGUGUGUGGUGUGUGGGGACAAGGCCACAGGCUACCACUACCGCUGCAUCACCUGUGAGGGCUGUAAGGGUUUCUUUAGAAGGACCAUUCAGAAGAGCCUUCACCCUUCCUACUUAUGCAAAUACAACGGCUGCUGUGUCAUUGACAAAACAACUCGCAACCAGUGCCAGCUGUGUCGCUUCAGGAAGUGCAUCUCUAUGGGAAUGGCCAUAGACUUGGUGUUGGAUGACUCCAAGCGUGUGGCUAAGAGGCGUUUGAUAGAGGAGAACAGGGAGAAGCGUAGGAGAGAGGAGAUGGUUAGAAUGCUGCAAAACAGACCAGAACCCACAGGCUCCGAAUGGGAACUCAUCAACGUGGUGACGGAGGCCCAUCGCCACACCAACGCACAGGGCUCCCACUGGAAACAGAAACGCAAGUUCUUGCCAGAAGACAUCGGCCAAUCCCCUGCAACGCCUGCCUCACACGCAGACAAAGUGGACCUGGAGGCCUUUGGUGAAUUCACCAAGAUUAUCACACCUGCCAUCACCCGUGUGGUUGACUUCGCCAAAAAAUUACCUAUGUUCUCUGAGCUGCCGUGUGAGGAUCAGAUCAUCCUCUUAAAAGGUUGCUGUAUGGAGAUCAUGUCCCUGAGAGCAGCUGUGCGUUAUGACCCGGAUAGCGAGACGCUGACGCUGAGCGGAGAGAUUGCGGUGAAGCGAGAGCAGCUGAAGAACGGAGGCCUGGGCGUGGUCUCUGACGCCAUCUUCGACCUGGGGAAGAGCCUGGCGCAGUUUAACCUGGACGACUCAGAGGUGGCGCUGCUACAGGCCGUACUGCUCAUGAGCUCAGAUCGCUCGGGCCUGACCUGCGUGGAGAAGAUCGAGAAAUGCCAGGAGAGGUUCCUGCUUGCGUUUGAACACUACAUCAACCAUCGCAAACACAACAUCUCACACUUCUGGCCCAAGUUGCUGAUGAAGGUGACGGACCUGCGGAUGAUUGGCGCCUGUCACGCCAGCCGUUUCCUGCACAUGAAGGUAGAGUGUCCCACCGAACUUUUCCCGCCACUCUUCCUGGAGGUCUUCGAGGACCAGGAUGUGUGAGCAGCAACCAAAGGAAGUCUGCUAUUUUGUUUUUUUGUUUGUUUGUUUUUGUUUUUGU